ACAAUGUAUCAAUCCUGGCCUGGGUUGAGGUACACUACACAGAGUUAUGAUGUUAAUUUCAACCAUGUUUAGUGCAUGAUAUGUGUUGUCAUCUUGACACAUUGUCAAACUGUAACCAAAAAGUUUAUAGAUCACGGUUGCUAUCGCAGCAGGUUCACAGGAAAGACUGGUACAGGAAAGUGGUCUGGCUGUUGUUGGGACACGUGACUGAGAAAAGACUGCGCUGAUCUGUUUUGAUCCUGGGGACAUUGUUAGAGAGAGGGGAAAGAGAGCACACCGACGAGUUUAUUGAUAAGAAAUAGCACACAAUAUAGUUUUGUUGCGAACGGUAUGCGCCUGUACUAUGUUAUUGAGUUGGACGAAGUUCGCUAGUCAGCGAAACGUUGUUUUGGAAGAAGGAAAAAAGCUCGCAAGCCACUGCGACAAGUUGGAAAAUAAAUGGUCAGCUUGUUUUCUGACAAACUUUUGAUUUGAGAGAAAGCUAGUCAACAAUAACUGGGUAACUGACACGGGUCGUGGCUACUUUACCUCACUAUGUUUCAAGACGACAAGUGGAACUGAUGCUUCUGGACGGCGUUUAGCUAACGUUGGAUGUUUUUCAGAAUGAUCGGUUGAACGAGGUCUGUCCUUUCCCGGAGCCCAUUGUUAUCGGAGGUGAUCACUUUACCUGCGGGUGGGGUGUUUUGUUUGAGAAGGUCGGCAUCAGAUCAGAUGCCUGUGUGUUGUUUGUUUGGUCAGCUAGCUAAAGCCACGGCAGCUAAGCCAAACAGGUGAGGUUACAGUAGUAUAGCAAGCUGAAGAGAGAGAGAGAUGCUUCGUGACGGGACUACUGUCGUGGUUUUGGUGGUGGAAUUUGAGACGUUUAUUUUUGGGGGGUGGACAGUCAGAUUGUCAGCUCAAUGCCUUGUUGGCUAGCUAGGUGGUUGAUGAAGCAAUAACUCGGAGCUAAUCUAAUGUUUGACGGUCAGAUUUAGCUAGCUAGCUCAACUGUUCGUUGGCCAGUUAACAGUGGAUCUGACUCGAUGGACCUGUACAGUAGCAGUUUGGUAACAAAGCAUUGCUUUGUCGGGUAAAUAAGGGGCGAUUGGCAGCAUACAGGCUACCCAGCUGGUAUUGUUGCUUAAUGCAAUAAAUCAGCAAUCCUUUGGAAGAUUUGGAUCCACACAGUCAGACACACAGCAGUAUAUUGCUGUCAGGGCUGUGUGGACGGGAGAUUUCAGACCGAAGACAGACAGACAGAGGCUGCCAGAUUCCCAGAAGGAUCCAGAUGACACUGGCUAACAUGAAACCAGAGCGAGAUGUGGUGGCGGAGGAGUUCUUUGAGUACGAUGCUGAGGACUUCCUGGUGUUCCUGACCCUGUUGAUCACUGAGGGACGGACCCCAGAAUGUUCUGUGAAGGGUCGCACAGAGGGGCUGCACUGCCCCCCUGCAAAGUCCGCCCUGCCGCCCCUACACAGGCACGAGUGCAGCGACAAACUGCCACAGUGUGUGCAGGCGCGGCGUGUGCGCUCAGAGGUGUGUGUGUUGUGGAGGAACAGUACUCCCAUCAUGGUGGAGGUGAUGCUGCUGCCAGACUGUUGCUAUGGAGACGAGAGUCCCCCUAGUGACCCCAUCAGUGACCCAGCGAUCAAACAAGACGCUCUGCUACUGGAGCGAUGGACUCUGCAGCCUGUACCACGACAGAGCGGUGAUCGGUUUAUAGAGGAGAAGACUCUGCUGUUGGCUGUUCGUUCCUACGUCUUCUUCUCCCAGCUCAGUGCCUGGCUCAGUGCUUCUCACGGCAUUGUACCCCGAAACAUCCUGUAUAGGAUCAGUGCAGCAGAUGAGGAGUGUGUCUGUCAGUUCUCCCAGCCCCCAGCGGAGCACCUGUUCCCUGUCCCUAACGUGUCUCAGAGUGUUGCCCUGAGGCUCAGGGUCCAGUCUCCCCGUCAGCCCACCUACCCCACCCUGGCCUGUAGCAUACACACCGGCCUGACCCUGGCCCCACUCUACAGCAGGACCCCCAGCCUUAAGCCCAACCUCAGCCCUAACCUCUACAGCAAGACACCUAGCCUUAACCCAGGCCUGAACCCUAACCCGCCUCUGUACGAGAGGAGCCACAACUCUAAAGAGAGCCACAACAGAGCGGCUCUGCCUUUCUCUGGCCUCCCCUUCCCCAGUCCUCCCAGUCUCCCCCUGCCCAGUAAGAGAGGCCUGGACCCCACAGACAGCCAUGGUCAUUCUAGCCAGAAUGGAUCAGACCUCCCCCAGGUCAAUAAGGGGCAGACCUCAUCCCCCUACCACCUCCCCCUCUCCCCACGGCCCUCCCCCCACCCCCACAGGAAGCUGUCCUCCACCCUGCCCCUCCCCCCCGGGGGAAAGACUGUCAGGUGGCUCUAUGCCCUCACCUCAGACCCCUCCGAUGACAUCACACACACCACCGAGGAUUAUGGGAAGGCCGUCAACGGGGCCGAGUGCUCCAAGGGGCGUGGCUCUGAAGCCCUCCGGGCCUUUAAGACUUAUUCUUUGGCAGAGCCCCCGCGGUGCCCCUCCCCCAGAACCUCCUCUGAGACCAAUCCUCUGAUUGGCUCGCUGCUCCAGGAGAGACAGGAAGUCAUCGCCCGCAUUGCUCAGCGCCUCAACUUCUGCGACCCGACCGCCCAUCUCCCCCCUGCCCUCUUCACCCCCGACACCCCCACCAAGACCCCUGUCCGGAGCAGUUACCUUGGCAACACCACGCUCAGCAAGACCAAAGAGCCAGAGGGAGCUCCGCCUACUGAGGACACCCCACCCUCCCCUUUCGACACGCCCAUUGGCGACACAGCAGCUAUUAUCAGGGAGACGCUGUCCCCGAAACCUGUUGCCUGCCGCAGACUGAGACUCCCAGAGGACAGAGAUGGAGAGAGACUCAGAGACAGAGUCAGGGAGACACUGAGAGACCUGGAGACACAAAGAGACAGAGAGGCAUUGAGAGACCGACAGCGAGAGAGAGACCGUAGUCUCUUGUCUCAUGCUGUUCAGGACAUUACCAGACUGAUUCAGGACAGACUGUCUGUCCCCUUUCUGUCCCCAACACACAGCCGCAGCAGCAGCCCGCUACACAAACCACAUACACACAGCACACACACGCUGUGCACUGACACACACACCACACACAGAGGUGGCUACAGUCAUAGCAGUGGCCACUGCAAUGGCUACACACCCAGCCAUGACACACACACUCCCUCACACACACCUGCUAGCACAGACAGAGCUGGUGCUCCUCCAGAGACAAACAGUCCAAUCAGAGCCCAGAACGGCUGUUCAACACUUGAAGACCCUCAGGUCAGCCCCCGACUCCAAAUCCUGCCCCAGUCUUCUUCUCUAGUCAUCCCACGGCCUCUACCCCAGCCCCAGUCUUCUCCUCUAGUCAUCCCACGGCCUCUACCCCAGCCCCAGUCUUCUCCUCUAGUCAUCCCACGGCCUCUACCCCAGCCCCAGUCUUCUCCUCUAGUCAUCCCACGGCCUCUACCCCAGCCCCAGUCUCAGGCCUCUCCACUACUCAGCCCCAAGAGUCCCAGGGCCAAGACCUCAAAGAGUUUACACCCCAACCGCCCCCAAGAGGAGCCCAGACCCUCCUCUCCUAAAGACAACAUCCUGAGGACCAUCCAGACCCUGACAGUGACCCAGACCACCACCCUGACCCAGACUACUGCACAGACCUUGACCACCAAGCUCACCCACACCCAGACCACUGCUCUCAUCCAGAACCACAUGAAACCUCUGACUCAGUCUCACAACCAGACCCAGACAGUCUCUCGAACUCCACCCUCACGGACUCAGGGCAGCCCUCGAACCCAGCCCUCUAGUCUCCAGGAUGAGAACCAGCCCCCUCCAGGUUCCAAGUCCUCCAGCCCCCCCAGUCCUGCUACCACAUACCCUGGCACAGAGACCAACAAUGUCCUGCGUUCUCCCUCGCCCCUGAGACCAUGUAACAGUCGGAGGAAACACAACCGUCACUUACUGGACUCCACCCUCACCAAGGCCUUCCACCCCUGUACCGGUCUGCCCCUGCUCUCCAGCCCUGUUCCUCAGAGGAGAACUCAGACUGGUUACUUUGACCUGGACUCUUCUCUGACCAGCUGUAAAGGACUGCCCUGGACCGCAGGGAAGAGGGUGUGUGUGAAGAGAGUGGAGGAGUCAGAAGAACCUCAGCCGCUGUUCAGUGCCAGUGCUCCACCUGCCAGCCUCAGUCUACUGGGCAACUUUGAGGAGUGUGUGUUGAACUACCGCCUGGAGCCGUUGGGGUCGGUGGAGGGUUUCAUGGCCGAGGUGGGUGCUUCCGGAACCUUCUGCCCCAGUCACAUGACCUUCCCCGUUGACGUUUCCUUCUACAGCGUCUCUGACGACAACGCACCCUCGCCAUACAUGGGAGUCAUCAACCUGGAGACUUUGGGUAAACGGGGCUACCGCGUCCCUCCAUCAGGAACCAUUCAAGUGACCUUAUUUAACCCCAAUAAGACGGUGGUGAAGAUGUUUGUGGUGGUGUAUGACCUGAGAGCCAUGCCUGCCGGCCACCAGACCUUCCUCCGUCAGAGGACCUUUUCUGUCCCCGUUCGACGGGACAGCACACAUUCACACAAACACAGCAGCCCAGACAACACACACACACCCGGCAGCAGCAGGAAAGCCCUCUCCCUCGGCCAGGAACGCAUCCUGCGCUACCUCAUUCACCUGAGGUUCCAGACCUCCAGGUCAGGUAAAGUGUACCUCCACAGGGAUAUCAGACUGCUUUUCAGUAGGAAGUCUAUGGAGGUAGACAGUGGAGCGGCCUACGAACUCAAGUCCUACACAGAGUCCCCAGCUGACCCAGCCUUCUCCCCGCGCUGCUGACACACACACACACACACACACUCCUCUAUCUGCACUGACACACACACACACACUCCUCUAUCUGCACUGACACACACACACACUCCUCUAACUACACUGACGUAUACACGCACACCCAGAGAGCUGGGCUCAGAGCGUUCUCGUGUGGAACAGUCCAGACAGGCUUCGUCCCAGAUACCUAAGGCCUGGAGAUUUUGCUGACCAUGAACAACUCCUGGCCCUACAGAACCCUGCUGUUUUCUGUGACGCUCAAACACGUACUUAUACAUGUAGAAAAUGUAUUAAAGACAUGCUAAAACACACAUCAAAAACACGUUAGCGACCAUGGACCACUGACUGACCAGAACAAGCAAUCAAGAGACUGAGAAAAUUACAAGACGACAUUGAAAAAGCGCACUGUAUAUUUCCACGACUGGAAAUCAAAAGGAGUAAUAUUCAGUUUUUUUUGUACUGUUACAAAAACAAAUCUUUAAAGUGUUGCAAUAGAGAGUAACAUGUAGUGUUUAGUGUUUACAUAAUUUUCUUUGUUUACCAUCAGUUAUUUAAUAUUUAAAUGAAUAUUUCAGUUACUGCUUAUGUGACAUCUAUCAUCCUCAGCAUUAGGAUCUAGUGCAAAACUCUGUAAAUCAUAAUGUGUAUUUUUGACAUUAACUCAGAUCUGAAAAUAUAUCUUAAAGCAAUCUUGAAAGCUG